AUGUUAGCAACCUAUCUGAGUAUUUUAAACGCCAUUCUGGGUGUACCGACGGAAUGUCUCCAUCAAGGUGGAGUAUGGCCCUGCAAGCUCUCCUUUUCCUGUUGGCUACAGGGCGGCAAACAUGCUAGAGGUUGUGGCAACAACAAAUGGUUUUUCUCAUGUUGUAUAGCGGCCGAUGGCGAUAUCUCUCCAGCGGCUAAUUUGGUUGAAACCGCUUUGGUGGAAUAUAACAAAAAAGUGACAAAUCUUCCAAAACGGGUUUUUCUUCGCCGACGUGAUGAUAACGACAUUGCCUCUAAGCCCGAAUGUGGUAUACCCCAUACCUUCCAAAACACCUUACAAAAGCGCAUUAUAGGUGGCAGACCGGCACAAUUUGCAGAAUAUCCUUGGCAGGCUCACAUACGCAUUGCCGAAUACCAAUGUGGUGGAGUAUUGGUAUCAAAGAACAUGGUGGCCACUGCAGCCCAUUGUGUCCAGCAGGCUCGAUUACAGGAUAUAUCGGUUUAUUUGGGCGAAUUGGAUACUCAAAAUUUGGGUCAUGCCCAAGAGCCUCUGCCUGCAGAGAAACACAAUGUCAUACAAAAGUUAAUACAUCCACUGUUUGAGUUUCGUAUGACUCAACCGGAUCGUUAUGAUUUAGCUUUACUUAAAUUGGCCAAACCAACGGGAUUUAGUGAGCAUAUAUUGCCGAUUUGCUUGCCAGUCUAUCCGAUACGUCUGGCAGGGCGUAAAGCAAUAGUGGCUGGUUGGGGAAAAACAGAGGCGAGUUUGGGUCAAGCAGGAACCAAUAUGCUGCAAGUAGCCACCGUGCCCAUUAUAACUUCUUUGGAAUGUCUUCGUUGGCAUGAAAGCAAACAAAUCAAAGUGGAACUCUUCAAUGAAAUGUUUUGUGCCGGGCAUUCAGAUGGCCAUCAAGAUGCUUGUCUUGGUGAUUCUGGUGGACCGCUAAUUGUCAAAGAGCGAGGUCGUUUCUUUCUGGUCGGCAUCACCAGUGCUGGAUUUGGAUGUGGCGUCGACCAUCAACCUGGAAUUUAUCACAAUGUACAGAAGACAUCGAAAUGGAUUCAAGACGUUCUGAUGCGACACGCUGUCUAGAUGUGAACGAAUAAUUUCGCAAUGGAUUCUGUUUUUAUUAGUUUAGAACUAGUUAAUUUGUGUGUAAACUUGAAUAUUUUAGACUUUUAGUAAUCAGGGUAUUUGUUGUUCCAAAAAGAAAAUCUAUAAUAAAAGCUUAUUUUUUAAAU